GGAAUUCCAUUUUUUUAGGAAUCCCCUUCUUAGUAGUUUUUCUUAGUAGAUACAUAAAUAUUUUUGCAGCUAUUUACACAAAUCUUUAUCCGAUAAUGAUUGUAUUUAAAAAUAAAUAUUGUGGCUUCUCCCGCUUCUCCUUUUUUCUUCUUCCACAAUUUUGAUGGCAAUUACUACAUUUCCAGCUCAGGACUAUACCACCCCAUCACCAAACUCCAUGGCUGUGCUCUCUCUUCCAUUCUCAGUCUCACCAUAUUUCCCCUCCAAAUUCAGAUUAACCACGGCGUGGUUUUCCCUCUCUUCCCACCUCACACCCUUCUCCCCAUCGUCUCCAACUCCUCCUGCCCACAAAAUUCACUGCCUCGCCACUCCCCUUAAGCCCACCUGUCCUCCAAAACCCAGGGUUAAGGUUAAGGCCUCUGAAGCUGAGCUCAAAGAAAACUGGUUAGCCUCUCUAUCUUGCCCUUUACCUCGAGAUUUCGGAACCUCCCAUAGCGAAGCAAAAGAAGAAGAAGAAGAAGGGUCCGAGUCCGACCCACGUAAUGUGGGCUCUGAUUGGGUUAUUGGUAUUGACCCAGAUCUUUCCGGUGCAUUGGCUGUCUUGAAAAGCGACGACCCUGAAUGUCCUGCUCAGGUGUUUGACUCUCCACACUUGUCAGUUAUGGUUGGUGGAAAGGUUAGAAGACGUUUAGAUGCUAAAUCUAUCAUUGAGUUACUUCGAGGUUUUAAUGCUCCCGUAGGCACUACAGCAUACAUAGAGCAAUCAAUCCCUUUUCCAAAAGAUGGAAAGCAGGGUUGGUGGAGUGGAGGAUUUGGGUAUGGCCUAUGGAUUGGAAUCCUAGUCGCCUUGGGAUUCUCUGUUGUCCCAGUGCCAUCUUUCUCAUGGAAAAAGAAAUUUGAAAUCGCGGGAAGCUCUUUUUCAAAGGAUGAUAGCAGGAGACUGGCAUCAACAAUGUUUCCUUCUCUGAGUUCUCUAUUACAACGAAAAAAAGAUCACGGGAGAGCUGAAGCUUUACUCAUUGCUGCCUAUGGGAGAGGCCUAAAGAUAGAAUCGGACUCAUCAUUGACCUUAAAUGAACUAGUUUCUUAGAAUGGCACAUCAACUAUCAAUCUUGUUUGUUUUAUCUCCAUUCCAGGAUUUUUCAUGCUCCUGAAAUCGAUUGUUUGGAAGAAUCACAGAAUACAUUAUCACUGUAAAAAUAACUGAUCCUGCUAACCAAAAUAGCUGCGAUUGAUGCAUCUACAGCGCUACUGUUGCACGAAUACUACUAUUAUUUUUACAAGAGAGAAGAAUAGGUAUUUAUUGGAUUUGAAAGUGGACUCUGAUGAGCAAGAAGAUUCAAGUUGAACUACCAUUCAGAGAACAGAGAUAAUGAUGAAAGGAAAACUAGCUUAUUAGAAAUUCGAAGGUCAAUGGAAGUAAUUCAUGGCCAGAAAAAAUGUGUUCUUGUAUUACACAAGUGGUGGUGGUGGUGAUAUUUGUCGAUAAAAAUAAAAAGUGGUCACCAAAAGGUGCAAAACUUGAGUCUUAUGAAGACAUUGGUGCUCAAGGAAUGAGUUCAGUCUUCCGGGUUGAGCUGCCACUUUUAUUAAACGAAGACAAUUAUAGAUGGCCAAUUUGGAAUGGAAAUUUCUGUUCUCGGAGAGAUUGUACCUUUGAAUUAUUUCAGUGGUUGGUUUUUUUCAACCCAACUUUGUUUUUGUUUGUUUGGAAGCUUUGUACAAUUGUUUUCAAUUGAUUAAUAAGCCUUACAAUCUACAAUUAUUUAGUGAUUACAAACUGUUCAGCUUUCAUAAGAUUUUAUGGAUAUAGACCAUAUGUUAUGUAAAUUUUGUAGAAUGGACAUAUAUACAUAAACUUAAUUUAUG